CCUGUUGCCACCAGUGCUGCCCCGGACACCCUGGCAGCAGCAGGACCUCAGCAGGACUUCAAGCAGGACUCCGUGCUUGGCAGGAGUGCAGGGAGAAGGAAGACCAUCAGCCCCGGUGAGCAGUUCUAGAUCAAGCUUCUCCAUCCCUGCUGUGUCACCUACUCCUUGCCAGUGGACAGUGGCCUCUUGCAGGAGUCUUGGAAGAAGCCUUUUCCCACAAGUCUUCCUCAAACCACUAAAGAAAGGCCAUGUCUGCUUUUGAUCUAACGAACCAGUGUCCAGAGCCCGAGAUGGAAUAUAUCACCCCCCGGAUGAAACUGAGGGAUGACAUGUUUGUCUUUGUGGACGGUAAAUGGGUGAAUGAGAUGUUCUGCCAGCCACCCAUUACUUCCCAACGGAAACUCUUUAGCAAAAAGGCACAGAAUGAGUGGAGCAUCUGGGAGGAGAACAGAGCACUCUGGGAGGAAAACCAUGUCCUCCGGAUUGAGAACAGGAUGCUCUGGGAAGAAAACAAAUCUCUACAAUGUCUCCAGCCAAAGAAUAGAGCUGUCCAGGUUAUUUACAGUGAUGCCAUUCAGCAAAGCCCCCAAAAGGAAAAUAAGCCGUUCCCAUUCUUUCAAGAGAGGAACAUAGGCUUUCCAAUCAGCUCAGGAGACAAAGCUCUCCAGGUGGUCCAAGAAAAGAACAGAGUCUCACAGGAUUUCCAGCAGGAGAAUAAAACAGUCCCCAUCAUUUGGAAAGAUGAAAAACCCAUCAGAGUUCAUGAAGAGAACAAGGGUGCCAGCUCAGAUCUUCAGCAGGAUACUGACACCAUCACAGCUGUGGAAGAAGGUAGCCCAGGGCCCCAGCUGGAACAUGAAGAUAAAGAAAAAAGCACCACUCCAACCCAGAAAAAGAUCAAGUCUUCCCCAAGUAUGCUGAGUGAGCAUGAAAUUGUCUGGGCUCUCCAGGAAUUAUACCAACUCCUUGACAUCUUCCUGAAAGAGAAUCAUCUACUUGGGGAGGAACAGGGCUGUCCCAUUCUCUACAAUACGAGCAGAUCCUUCCAUGAUGAUUACAAUGAAUUGAAGAUGCAGUUGAAUGUUGUGAAAAACACUGUGUCAGACAUCAGGGUUCAAUUGGAAAUGCUGGAAAAGGAGCUCAUUGCCAUCACGUUCCCAGCAUAUGAAGAGGCAGGGCAGAAGCUGGCAACUGAGCGCCAGCUUGGAGAGAUGUGAAGCUUGGUGCUAAGGCCUGUUAGUCCAAUUACUUGGAAAGCUUCUCUCCUUG